CCGGCGGGAGCAAGUUGUGCAUCCUCUGGCUGCACAGUACCGGGUCACCCCUCGCCUUCCAUGAGGCUUCCCUGGCGAAAACUUGAAAUUUCACUGGGGCAAGAUGAAGAACGAAAUCUCAGCUGUGGUUUUUUUUCUAUCAAGACUUAUCCAAAAGAAUGAAAAGCUAAUAAAAGAAGACAUUGAGAUGUUUUCAGACGAACUGACCCGAAUACUGCACGGGAAGUAUGUCAAUCACUGGUACCCAGAAACCCCAACUAGAGGACAGGCAUAUCGGUGUAUCCGUGUGAACAAGUUUCACGGUAUUGAUCCUGAUCUCCUGAAAGCCUGUAUGGUCAGUGGUCUGGUGUACGAGGACCUGGGCUUACCUAGAGAAAUAACCUUGUGGGUCGAUCCAUGGGAAGUCUGCUGCAGGUACGGUGAGCAUAGCCACCCUUUCACCGUAGCCUGUUUUGAAAGUGAAGACGACAGUCAGGCCGAAGUGUCCCAGAAAGUUAGCCAGGCUAUGGAUAAUGUGACGUCCGAUUAUCACUCCGGGUCUUCUUCAGAUGAUGAAGUUUACAUCAGUCGUAGAAAGACUUCACCAAUGAUGGUGGCUUCUGAUAGACAGAAUAUUUACCAGGAACCACAGGAAUAUGUGCUGCAACCCAUGUCUUUCAUGAACAAGUACCCAAAGAAAAAACAUGGCUUUCACUACCACCAACAGCCUCGUUUUCUGUCCAACUAUCAGUCACAGGGGAGAAGCAACAAGGUGUACGGACAAAUCACAUGGCUCCCACCAGCGGUAUCAAAUGAAAGGAACCAGUGGACUAAUGUACAUCUUUUGACUACUGCCCACCAGUGCUUGGUUUAAACAAUUUAUGUGAUGGAGCACUGUUAGAAGUACGUCAAAAUUUCAAAAAAAGGACCAAAUUAUGUAAGCAUCCUUGUCUCCUAGAUUGGUAAUAUAUAUAUUUUUAUUUAUAUUCAACUUCUUUGCACUCUGUCUAACAGUAAAAGUUUUAUAACACUUUGGUAGCGUUUCUAGUUAAGUGCCUAAGUAUUUUAAUAAUGGAAGUGUAUUUAUAUUUCGUGGCUCGCACAGGAUUGGGUUAAAUUAAAGUUCAAUUGCCAUCAUUUAAAGUGUUUUUU